CAUGACCUGUCUCCAAUGCCCCUUACGCAACAAUUUAAUUAUGUCAAACACGUGACCUUGAUCAAUGUCCACGUGCACUUGCGCAAUACAGCGCCAUAUUACCACCAGCGGAGACCACGAGAACUACCUUCACGGGGCUGUAGCCAUUGUUUCCAGGCCGCUUUAACACCGAUCACGAUGUUCUCGUCGUUGUUGUCGCGCGCGAUGUGCCAGAAUGGGGCCCCCAGCGAGGCCCCGCAAGAAAUGGGGCUGGUGAAGUCCCUCGUUGCUGGGAGGACGAUAGCGGCGGCGGCGGCAGCCUCCAAGACCGCCGAAGGAGACAGUUGCGAGUUCGGCUCGGCGCACUAUUUCGCCCUGUGCGGAAUGGGGGGCAUCCUGUCUUGUGGGAUCACACAUACGGCAAUUGUACCCCUUGAUCUGGUCAAGUGCCGGAUUCAAGUCGAUCCCAACAAGUAUAAGAACGUAUUCACCGGGUUUAAGGUGACCAUGAAAGAGGACGGGUUCAAGGGCUUGGCCUUGGGAUGGGCCCCCACGUUCUUUGGGUAUUCGGCGCAAGGGUUGUGCAAGUUUGGAUUGUAUGAGGUUUUUAAGGUAUUUUACACCGACUUGAUUGGCGACGAAAACGCCUUCUUGUACCGCACUUGGCUGUAUUUGGCCGCCAGUGCUUCAGCGGAAUUUUUCGCCGACAUUGCGCUUUCGCCAAUGGAAGCCGCCAAAGUGAAAAUCCAAACUUCCCCUGGCUUUGCCACCACUUUGCGCACCGCCUGGCCUAGAAUCUACUCCGAGGAGGGCAUUAACGGCUUCUACAAAAGCUUGGUGCCUCUGUGGAUGCGCCAGAUCCCCUACACCAUGAUGAAGUUCGCCUGCUUCGAGCGAACUGUCGAACUCCUGUACAAACAUGUGGUCCCCAAACCACGCUCAGAGUGCAGCAAAGGCGAACAGUUGAUUGUCACUUUCGCUGCCGGUUACAUAGCUGGCGUUUUCUGCGCGAUUGUCAGCCAUCCUGCGGACACUGUGGUGUCCAAGUUGAACCAGGAGAAGGGCUCGACGGCCCUGGAGGCCGCCAAAAAGCUGGGCAUGGCCGGACUGUGGAAAGGGCUGACGCCCAGGAUUGUAAUGAUUGGUACUUUGACCGCAUUGCAAUGGUUUAUCUAUGAUGCGUUCAAAGUGGCAAUGCGUAUGCCACGCCCACCGCCACCGGAAAUGCCCGAGUCGCUUAAGAAGAGAUUACAAGCCGAGGGCAAAUUGUAAAGAUAAUUACUUGUAUUUUAAUUAACAGUAUUUCCGGAUAGAUCAAGCGAUUGUGGCGUUCUUUGUUAUGUCAAACUCUGUUAUCUAGACUGUAAAUAGAGCUAAAAACCGUAAAUUAUUCUGUUUUAACCAAUAAAAGGCCCCGAAAUUACA